UGGCUGUUUCCUCACUUUUGCAUACCCGUUUUGUUCCAUAUAUAUUUCCACUUUAUUCCUCACAGGUGUUUGUGGGAGUCGAGUGUCCUUCCUAUCCUAAAUGCCCAUAUGAAAUAUUGUAGAUCACAUCCAUGGCUAAACAAAUCAAGCACCAACAAUCCCAGUGCUGCUAUCACAACUGGGUGGCUCAGCAGCGGCUCGACCUCGAUGAACUACUCCAAGCACUCAACAACUACCCGACUGACCUCGACUACCUCCAACUCAUAACCAAAAAGAUCAUAGAUCACUUUGAACAAUACCGCACUGCUCGUGCUCAACUGGCCCAACACGACGCGCCUUCCUUCUUGGUUCCCUCGUGGGGUUCCACGUUUGAGAACUCGUUUCUUUGGAUUGGUGGUUGUAGGCCUUCGUUGAUCAUCAGGCUUGUUUACGCGUUAUGUGGGUCCCAAUUGAAUGCACACUUGACUGAGUUUCUUGAAGGAGUCAGGCAUGGAAACCUCGGAGAAAUAUCAAGCUCGCAGCUCAAAAGCAUAGAUGAUCUUCAUGCCAAAACUGUCAAAGAGGAAGAUAAGCUCAGUUCGCGCGUAGCCAGCUUACAGGAGAGUAUUGCGGAUGAUCCACUGGUGUUGAUAGCAAACGACUGUAUGGAACCAGGGGAGUGGAGCAAGGGUGAGGUUGUGGACAAAAUAAUGGACACUCAUGCCCAUGACUUGUACAAGAUAAUGAUGGAAGCAGACAAGCUAAGGAUGGAUAUCCUGAAGGGUAUGAUGGACAUUUUGACACCGUUGCAGGCGGUAGAGUUCCUAGUGGCAUCAAAGAAGUUACAUCUAUCGUUACACGAGUGGAGCCAGAGAAGAGAUAUCCGAAUGGGAAUUACGCAUCUUCUAAAUCCCGACAAGCCGUCAUCAUCCUCCAAUCACCAACCAAUAGAGCCCGUCUCUAAACCGUGCCCCUUUUUCAACCAGCACUGAGAUGAUGACGACGACAAUGACAACAAUACAGUGGUGUGUGUUUUUGUUUUAAAGCCGGCAUGCUGGUCGGUAAAAGAUGUUAGUUUGAAUAAGUGGUAGUGUAUGUUAGCAUGUGUAUUGAAAUUUUCCUUCUUGGUUACUUAUGUUUUAUUACAAGUUCUAAGAAUAAUAAUGAGUGGUUUUUAUUUUUAA